CGAAGUUUGACGCACUCAAUCCAAAUUUCUAAAAAAAUCCAAGACCAUUCCCAAAAAAAAAGCCGACAAUCUGUCAAGCGCCAGCACGAAUCCCGUCCUCGCCCUCGUCCUCGCCGUAAAAGAAAAAAAAAGAACGAAACCCUAAUCCUAACCCGAACCCUUGCCGUAGAAGUUUGAAUACCUUCGAGAAUCCCCAAUCUCUCCGCUUUCCAAUGCGCGACUUCGAUGGGCGCUGCCCCGCCGGGAUCCGCCACUACGACGACGGCCGGGGGCUGGAAGUCGUAACUGGAAAGGCCUCCAUCUCCAGCCGGACGAACAUCUGCCGCCUUCCUCCGCCGCCCGGGGCGCGGCGGCGGGCGGUCGGGGGCGGGGGCGUCCUCACGUCGUCGAUGACGUCGUCGUCGUCGUCCGGUCCAGCGCCGUGGCGGGCCGCCGAUGCGGAGGCGAAGCGGCGGCGGAGGGUGGCGGGAUACAAGGUCUACACGGUGGAGAGCAAGGUCAAGUCCUCGAUCCGCAAGGGCCUCCGGUGGGUCAAGGGCCUCGUCCGCGGCUGGUGACGCCGCGGCGAUCUAGCCGGAGAGGUUGCGGAGGCCUUUUGCCUUCAUUGUGACCGAAAUGCCCUCUCUGCGAUUGGUUUAUUCCGUCUACGUGCGUCGGAGUCCGGUCACGAUAGGCGAUGGAAGGGAUGCGAACGGAUGGCGCGGGUGUAAUAUGGGGGCAUUUGUUCCGGUUA